UUACGAACAGUUAAUAAGAGUUUUAUGUUUGAAAUGAUUUAAUUGUGAAGAAAAACAAAGCGUUUAUUGAAUUGAAAAGUGAUUUAAAACGAGAUUUGAUUUUGAAUUUGCAUUUGAAUCGGAUUUACGGAAGCGUUGGAAGUGAUGGCAAACAAAGAGCGAAGAGUGGAUUUGAAUGAAAUGAAUUCACAGCAGUUGUUGCAGAUUAAGCAACAACUGGAGGCCGAAGUGGAGAUCUUAGAGACUUCUGUGCAAAGCCUACAAAACGCCAAAAUCAAGUUCAAUGAGUCCUCUCUGGCGGUCGACCGACAAAAGGAUGUGCCGAAAGGGUCGCAAAUACUGGUGCCUCUGACCGGCUCUAUGUAUGUGCCGGCAGUUAUCGAAGACAACAACGAGUUUGUGGUCGACAUCGGAACCGGAAUAAUGCAGGUCUUCUUAUGGUUUAGGCGUUUGCUAAUGAAGUUUGCUUUUCAAGUCAAAGAGCCGCUUGUCUAG